UGAUGGUGCACGCCUUUAAUCCCAGCACUGGGAAGACAAAGGCAGGCAGAUCUCUGAGUUCCAGGCCAGCCUGGUCUACAGAGUGAGUUUCAGGCUGGCUAAGCUACAAAAGGAGACCCUGACUCUAAAUAAAUUAAAUAAAUAAGAAAUUUAAAUAAAUUCAGAUUCUGUUCUUGGGACUCAAUGAGGACAACAGACUAUACAAAAGAAGAAGAAGAAGAAGAAGAAGGAGAAGGAGAAGGAGAAGAAGAAGAAGAAGAAGAAGAAGAAGAAGAAGAAGAAGAAGAAGAAGGUUGACACACAGUUUAAGGGAGGCUAUCUCUUAGGGACCAUCCUGGCCUCACAGACUGAAAGACUAGGGAGGAUGGGUAGAAAAUGGGUUGGGGAGGGACCAGCCCUGGCUCCACCCUUCCCACUUUAGAGCUAUGGAGAGCCCAGGUCCUGGUGGGCCACCCCUGGUGCAAGCACCCUACACUGUCCUGCUGCUACCACUGGGGACAAGCCGCCAAGACCCUGGGGCCCAGCACUUCUUCCUCUGGCCAGCUGCAGAUGAUGCAGGCUCUGGAGAGGGAACAAGAUGCUCUGUGGCAGGGCCUGGAGCUGCUGGAGCGUGGCCAAGCCUGGUUUGCUGACCGUCUGAGGGAGACACAGCAACGGCAGCUGCAGCUGGGGGCCCUUGGCGAGGGCUUUCUGAUGGACUCACACUCAGAGGCCAACACCCCUCAGCUAAGCCAGAUUCAAAAGGUGAAUGCUUGUUUGCGCAGUUUGGUUCAGAAGGAGUUGUCAAAGCAGCAGAAAGGAGUCACUCAGUCCACGGGAGAGGUGGUCAGGCAGGCUCCUCCGGGGCCAAAGGGGCCCACCCUUGUGUAAACCCUCCCUCCCUUCCCACUGUAUAGCCGGGGAGAAGGCGUGAUCACCGAGACUCUCCUUCCACUUGAAGCAAAACCAAGCUAAAGAAGCUGCCCUGGAAUUUAAAGUGAAAACUGCGUCUCCUGGUGCCCCAGCCCUGCUCUGCUUCUGGAAUAAACAGCAGCCUUCUU